AUGCGCCCACCGGACCGGACGGCUGCGUCGUUGUCGGUGACGCGCGCUGUGCCGAUCUCAUUCGUCCACGCUCCCGCGCUGCUACCGCGACAGAAACCACUAGAGAUCGUCGUGACCAUCGAGCUGACAAGGUUGAUGUUUUCGUUUUCUCUCUUCCGGAUCCAUAGGCUGAAAACUCGGAUCAAGUUCACGGUUCGUCGUGUCUACCGCGAUCUUGGGUCUGGUCUUGUGUUUUCUCAGAAGCUUGAGAAUCUUUCGUAA